GGGAGUUGGGGGCCAAGGGAAGCGCAGGGCGGAAGUGGCUGUGGCUUUGCCCUUUGGCCUUUGCUCGCUGUGUGGCGGCUCGGCGGUUAGCAGGGAGUUCGCUGAGCGUCUCUGCCUAGCCGCGGUCAUGAGCCGGCACAGCCGGCUGCAGAGGCAGGUUCUGAGCCUGUACCGCGAUCUGCUGCGUGCCGGACGCGGGAAACCGGGCGCCGAGGGGAACGGACCCCCAGCUGGCUGCCGGCCCAAGUGUGUGAGCCGCAGUUGCACGCUGGGUGGAGGGGUCUGGGGUUGUCACCGAGCGGUCCCCCAAGCUCCGGUGCUGGUGGUGCCCGAGGAUGCUGUGUCCUUGCGGGCCUCCCUGGCGCUACGAGGACGCCUCCAGGCGGCCCGCGGGGACAACAACGGCAUUGCGGCCUACGACCUGAAGCUCCUGGGAGGACAACGGGCUGCCAGUCUAGUCCACUGUUCAGGGCGUCCCGGACUCCCGGCUUUAACAGUCCCACGGAGAAGCCUGUCCAACCGGCCGAGAGCCAUUUCCCUACGGGGCCUCGUCCCUCUGCGAGUGCCUAGGGCUGGGACCCCAGACACAGACCUGCCCCGGACGAGGGAACGCACGGAGCUUCCCGAGAUGGUUUCAAUCAAUGUGUAUAAGAGCUCGGGCCACGCCACCGCCAUGGGCGCCUUCGUACGCCCGCGGGCCCCGACCGAGGAGCCUGGCGGCGUGGGUUCCCAGCCUGACGACGGCGACGGUCCAAGGAGCCCCCACGACAGCACGGGGGCACCGGAGACCCGGCCCGACGGACGGUGACUGGCGAAGAGCCGAACUCGCUCGAUGGCGUGGUAGAGCCAGGAGGCUCGCCUGACUGCGUGGGGGGCCUGGGGAACCCGCCUAAGGUGAGAGAUCUCGAGAGACUAGCUCGACGAAUUGGGGAUGUCAGAGACUGCCCCUUGGCGACGCAGGGGGCCUAGAGAGCCGCAUGAUGGACGGCAAGAGAGGCCCACCUUUUCCGAUGCUUGGAGACAGGUCGGCGCUCCUCCCCCAUGAGGGCUUGGGGCGGCCUGGGACGCCGGCGGGCUGGACAGUGUCAAGCCGAGAGCUACUUGCCCGAAGGUACGGGGAGCCAGGACGCCCCCUGCUGGACAGGGAGAGCCUGAGACACCCUUCUCUUGACCCCUGAGAACACACCCACCUCUGGCUCCUCAAGGAGUCUCCUCCCUCGUAUAUUUAACUCUGAGAAGUGCAGACUUUUUGCUGAGAAAGUAUUGGGAAGGUUCCCUGAUCAAGCGGUGAGAAGCCCGGAAUCCCCUUUGGGAAAACUUUCCCCCAUUAAUUGUGACAAGCCAGGACCACGAGGAAGGGGCUAGCCGUCUAUCACCCUGGUUGAUCAACUAAAGGGCCCUACUUGAUGGUUUUGAGGGGCAACGUUGACUCAUUUGCCCCUUCCCUCUCAGAAUGUUGGACAAAGGGAAUAAAAUUGGGGAUAUGUCUACUU